UGAAGCGAUUUUGUUGUUAGCAUAAUCGUGGAGAAGAGAAACUAAUUUGUAACAUACAAUUAUUUUUUCACGAAAUAUUUCUAAAUAUAAUUUAAUCUUCAAAGAUGGGAGACGAAGUUAAUCCAAAAGCAUAUCCUUUGGCAGAUGCUACUUUAACUGCAAGAAUCUUGAAUCUAGUGCAACAAGCAAUGAAUUAUAAACAGUUAAGAAAAGGAGCUAAUGAAGCAACAAAAACGUUAAAUCGUGGUCUCUCAGAAUUUAUUGUAAUGGCUGCAGAUGCUGAGCCUUUAGAAAUUUUGUUACAUUUGCCAUUACUAUGUGAAGACAAAAAUGUCCCAUAUGUAUUUGUUAGGAGCAAACAAGCUUUGGGUCGUGCAUGUGGUGUAUCUAGACCUAUUGUUGCUUGUUCUGUGACAGUUAAUGAAGGCUCACAGUUAAAACCACAAAUUCAAGCUAUACAACAAGAAAUUGCGUGCCUCUUAGUUUAA